GAAGAGGAGGAGGAGGAGGAGAGGAAGGGAGGCGGAUUGCUGCAGCGCAUAGACGUUAUCACAGCGCAGGAGUUUAAUUUCCCUGCAAUGACAAUUUAAUUAGUGGUGCGCCAAAAUUCCGCACUGUGCGCACAUUUAACUUUUUUUUUUCCUUCUUCUCAAGUCGCCGAUCCUGGUUGGCAAACAGUGGAUCUUCGCUCAUCACUCGGACCUCGGAUCUCCUGCGAGCAGCAUCGGGUGUCUGAAUCUGUGAUGGGGGCAGCGGCUGAGCUUGGGAGCUUCGCCAACGGGUUUUUGGACAGCUUUGGCGCCGCUCCGGCUUCGGUGGCUUCGCAUUUUGUUCUCACCCCAGCGGGGGCCGUGGACUACAACUCUGCAACGGGACUGAUGCUGGGAGGACAGGGGCUGCAGCUGCAGCAGCAGGAGCACCUGGUGUCCGCGGAGAGGCUAUCCCGGAGCCUGGCGGACCUCAGCCAUCUGAAAGGCAUCCUGAGGCGGAGGCAGCUUUACUGCAGGACCGGCUUCCACCUGGAAAUCCAUCCGGAUGGCACCGUGCAGGGCACCAGGAAGGACCACAGCAGAUUCGGUAUUCUGGAGUUCAUCAGUCUUGCAGUUGGACUUGUCAGCAUCAGAGGGGUGGACAGUGGCCUUUACCUAGCCAUGAACAGUAAAGGAGAGCUUUACGGAUCGGAGAAGCUAUCAGCAGAGUGUGUUUUCAGGGAGCAGUUUGAGGAAAACUGGUAUAACACGUACUCUUCAAACAUCUACCGGCACGGGGAGAAGGGUGCUUUUUAUUUUGUCGGGCUGAACAAAGAUGGGACGUCACGGGAUGGAACAAGGUCACGGCGGCAUCAGAGGUUCACACACUUCCUACCGAGGCCUGUAGAUCCAGAGAGAGUCCCAGACCUGUAUAGAGAUAUACUGGGCCAGAGCUGAAAGCAAAAGCUGCUGUUCUUCAAACAAAACUGGUUGGAGGAAACAGGCCAAUUAAGUGUGCCGAAUGUCAUCCCCUUCCUUUUUGGAGAUGGAGGAUCUUGUUGAUCUGGAUGAAACAGGAUCGCACAGAAAGCACUGAUCAAGUCCAUGCUGCUGGGGUAGAAAGAGAAGGAAAAAAGUCUGGGAGAGGUCUGGGUUUGAGGAGUAGAACACAAGCAAAGUUUAUGAAAAGAAUGUUGUUCCUCUGUGGCCUAUGGGAAGACCCCGGUGACCAAAUGGAUAAUCUUUGAAUUUUCAUUAGUUGUUGCUUUAUAAAAUCCAAAUAAAAGCUGUUCAGACUGCAUGCUCAGAUGGACAGAACUGGAUCUGAUAGUUGUGAGACUAACCACUAGCCACUGGUAGCCUUUACCACUGUGUCUACUGGGACAUUUUCUUUUUCCUACCAUUAUUAAGGCUGCUAUGGUUGAUUUGCAUUACAAACAAA